AAACCGUUUCCUUCCUGUAGUUUUCCUUCUACCAGAGGUUUUGGUAAAAGAAAUGGAAGACGUCUACAUUCAAACAAAGCUGAAGAAAAUUCUCUAGAAAGCCUCCUCUCACCAAAUCCGUAGACCUCAACACAUAGAAGAACACCACUAAUCCUUCCAACCCCCCACAACCUCAUCUCUUCCCCUUCCUGCUCCCCCAAACACCCAGAAUUCCCCUCCCCCCAUGCAUACCCCUCGAAGGAAAUCGCCUCUCGGCCCGCCGGAGCCUUUCAAUCAUGUCCGGAAGAGCGGUAGCCUCCCGAUCUUUGUCGUCGUCUUCUCCAUCUUCCUCUUCGCCUUGGUCAUGUACAGCGGGGACAUCUGGUCCCUCGCCGAGCUAUCCUUCGACCGGUUCAAAUCAUUAGACUUCCUCCCCCAAUCCAACCAGCUCGAGAAUGAGGAGACCGAACAAGGACCACCAAUCCCCGACGAUGUCGUUGACGGAGAGACGGUGAUGACCGUGCCGGAGACGUGCGAUUUAUCGACCGGCGAGUGGGUCUACGACGACGUGGCAUACCCACUAUAUCGUGAGGAACGGUGUGAGUUCCUCACCAAGCAGGUCACCUGCAUGCACAACGGCCGGCAGAACGACACGUAUCAGAAGUGGAGGUGGCAGCCCAAGGACUGCUCUUUGCCCAAGUUUGAUGCGAGGGUACUGUUAAGGAGGCUAAGAGGAAAACGUUUGAUGUUUGUGGGGGACUCCUUGAACCGGAACCAGUGGGAGUCCAUGGUAUGUCUGGUCCAGUCGGUGAUCCCCAAGGGUAAGAAGAGCCUUCGCAGGGAUGGCUCCCGUCAUAUAUUCCACGCCAAGGGAUACAAUGCUACGGUGGAGUUCUACUGGGCGCCGUUCCUCGUUGAAUCGAACUCCGACGAUCCGGACAUUCACAGCAUUCCGGAGAGGAUCAUCAAGGCCGAUUCGAUUGAGAAGCAUGCGGUGCACUGGAAGGGGGUCGACUAUCUGGUCUUCAACACCUACAUUUGGUGGAUGAACUCGGCCAAGUUCAAAGUCCUGCGGAAGAAGGCUACAAACUGGACGGAUUACGACGAGAUCUUGAGGGCGGAGGCAUAUCAGAAAGUGCUGAAAACGUUGUCGAAAUGGGUGGACAGGAACGUGGAUCCCAACCGGACGUCGGUGUAUUUCAUGAGCAUGUCUCCUAAUCAUUUUAGGAGUACGGACUGGGGCAACCCAGAGGGAGUCAAGUGUGCCAAGGAGACACUACCGGUACUGAAUUCGAUGUACCAGUCACUAGAAUUGGGCUCGGACCGACAGAUGCAUAGGCUGGUAGUGAAUAUGACUAAAUUAAUGAGGCGAGUGCCCAUCACCUUCAUCGACAUCACCAGACUAUCGGAGUAUCGCAAGGAUGCGCAUACAUCAGUGUACACAAUACGACAGGGCAAAUUAUUGACAUCGGAGCAGAAAGCUGACCCCCGUACUUAUGCCGACUGCAUCCAUUGGUGCCUCCCGGGGCUCCCGGACACAUGGAACGAGCUCCUCUACGCCCGUAUUCUAGUGGCUACCAAAAAGCAACAGUGAUCGAUGCAUGUCUGCCAUUUCUUUCUUUUUUUAAUUAGAAUUUAUUUUCUUCUGUUGUUUUUUCUAUUAGUUUGGUUUUGGGGUCGAUGCUGGAGGAGGCGGAGAACAACCAGAGGAGGGAGGGUUUUGCUUUUUGCUUCUUUUUUUUUUUUUGAAAAAAAGUAAUUUUUUUUUAAUUUUUUAGGUGCUGGCACGUGGGUAGUUGACUUGUUAAUCAAAGGUUGGCAAGAACGUGGAUUGUCGGCUACGGUUGAAUUGUAUAUUGAUUUGAUAAAUGAAAGAAAUAAUUAAGGAGGGGGAAGGUAGAAGAAGAAUACAAGAGAGAAUCUUGCAUGCAGCUAAAUGAUCAUGUCACAGUAUUUAAGAUAUAUGAAAAUUUUUUUGGAUGUAAAUCCUCUGCAGCU